UAUGUCCUUAACAUAAAUAAAUAUUGAAUGAAAAAAACACUAUAUUAAAUAUCUUAGCAAUAACCAAUAAGGAAGGUUAACAAUGGAAAUGACGAAAUUCACUGGGAAAUGACGAUCGAAAGGUAUAGGCUUUAGUCUCUCCUUCGUAAACAGAUACAUCACUGGAACGAAAAUGCGCCUUUUCGCGUAAUUAAUUAUGGAUACUUUUGCCAAUGAUUAAUCUCUACAUCGUAGUGUGUUGCGAUCUAGGCUAUGUUCUUUCGUAUAAAACGGUCUUCUUACAUCGCAGAUGUAAUCUGUGACCUCAAGAAGCCAAUACCUGUUUUAUAAGGUUUGUCUUCAUACUGCCAGUGGAACAUUUUAUAGAACUGAUCUAAUCAGCGGCUUUUGAAACCACAAAGGUUCAUUACAAACUAAACCAUUCACUGCGGAGUGGAUAAAGGAACGUAAGACUCUAAUUUUUGUUUUUUUGUGAAUGAGCAGAAUAUCAUCAGUAGCGUCUUGCUAGUUUUCUUAAUCGUUUUCCCAACUUUUUCAUGAAAAUGGAAGAAGAAAAUGGAACAUUAACUUCUGUUAAUCAAAAAACAAUGGGGAUUCACAUUUUCGUCGCACUAUUGAUGUCUGUUCUUGCUAUAGCUGCUUUUCUUGGAAAUCUCCUAACCAUCAUUGUGCUGGUCCAGUAUAGGUUUUUAUUAACCAACUCGUGUAGCAACCACCAUGUUCUGAGCCUAGCUGUUGCCGAUAUUGGUGUUAGCGUGAUUGCCUUACCUUCAACGCUGUCUGUCUAUUUGACCGGUCACUGGCCAUUUGGAGUCGUGCUGUGCAUUGUAAAAUCUAUUCUUGGUAGUACAUUAAUUUGUGUGACUAUGUUUACGUUGGUGUUCAUAAGCUUUGAUCGCUACCUUCUCCUAAGCAAAGACUACCCGAAGUAUCAACGAUGGCAAAGAAAUAACGUUAUUAAAGUACAAAUAAUUUUCGUCUGGGUUUUUCCUUCGGUUUUGUGGACUAUAAAUAUAUUAUUGUUUGUUUACGAAGCUGAGAUGAAUCCUACUCUUGACCCUUUCUGUAAUUUCCAUUUAUAUCCUUCACUUAUAUUCAAGAUACUUUAUUCCGUGUUCUUGUUAUUUUUUCCUUUACUUCUUCUGAUAUUUUUCAGUGUACAGACAUUUGUAUUGAUAACGCGUCGAAUUCGUCAGCGACGCGUUGGCAUUUAUCAUCCUGGAGCACUAAAUAACACUGUAAGUCAACGGGUUUUCCAAAAGAUAACCAAAGAAACCAAGCAAUCGUCGCAUAACUGCUCGGACAGUCGCACAAUGACCGGCCAGCAAGUCUUCGAGAUUAAUGAAUCACUUCAUGACAACGUUAAGUACAGCGAUAAUAACGACACACAUACUCAGCAACACUGCCAGUCAGCGGAUAAUAUGAGAGGAACGUCUAAAACUCAGCAAAAUAGUUCAUCAAGAAGACAUAGGCAAUUAUGGAAAAAGCAGAUUACUAAACAACGAUCAAUAAAACGAGAUUACAUCCGACCUGCCGCUCUACUGGGUGCCCUUGUGUCCGCCUUCACAUUUUGUUUAUUACCGUUCAGCAUUCUGGGAUCAGUCCAGGCCUUCCGGGGUGUCUAUGACUCUGAAUCCAGUUGGAUGUACAUUCACCUGACAGCUUAUCUGAAUGCGUUUCUCAACCCAUUGCUCUAUGCAGCUACGAACAUUAAAAUCAGAGCGGCCAUAAAGAAACUUAUUCGCAAGAUGUGCUCUUCAUGUACCAUCAGACGAUGUAGUACGCCUAGAUGUAGUCAUGUUAACAGUUCUUUCGUCCAUCCGAUAAGAAGGGACAAUAUUAUAAUUGACACGAAAGUACGUUUAAAUAAUGGUGAGCUAUAAAAUAGUGAUAUUUCAGGGAGCUUAAGGAACUAGAUUACUGUAGGCCUAUAUAAAGCAAGUUACAGCUUUGAUCAUUUUGACAUCUGUGUUUUAUUAAAAUCGGCAAAAAAUGAGUUGCUACUGCCGAAAAAUAUGGAGGUAGGGGACGGUUUACAAAUGUUCCUUUCGAGCCACAAUAUUCAUAACUUAAUUAUUAUUUAUCUUAUUCAUUUGAUUUUGGUGUUCGAUAAAAAUGUUCAAUGGUCCUCAAGGUCCAAUUGAGUGCCCUGUAAAUGAGCCACCUUUACAUACCACACUGCCUACUUUUAUAUAUAUAUACAUUAGUCAAUAUAUUUAACAAUGCCUUAGUGGAGGCUAUUUUGAUUUGUAACGAAAAUAAAGAAAAACUUGAUAUGUAAGUGUAGUGUAGAAGCUACUGAUCUCUAUUAUUAUAGUUGGAUUGCUCAUCAGCCAAUCAUUGUACAGAAAAAAAUGAAGCCAAUGGCGCUAUGUUGGGGGAGGCCACGUGACGUACGAGUCUUUUGGCAUUUGUUAUAAAUUAUUGUUAAAAAUAACGAUUGCUAUAAAACUUUUUAAUACAGUAAUAAAUUUAACGUAAGGAUUUUUUUCAAAUCACCUAACCACUCAACGAGCCUGUUUAUGCAGUUUACAAAAACGCGAGUGAUGUGUUGUUGGUGCCCGUUUGUUCAAAAGUUUAGCGCAGUGAUGACGUAUCUGUUACGCUUAGGCUCCCCAACACGCGCGUCGGUAACUGCCAAUGAGCAAUCCAGCUAUUGUAAUAGAGAUCAGUUGUAGAAACCAGUUCUUUAUGAAAUACAGCAAAUUGAAUUGAAAUAGUUCAGUAGAAUCAUGUGCUAGGUUUUUAUAUUUCAAAGACAAAUGAGACCAGUUGUCUGCUUGUUGUAUACAACUGUCGCUUUUGACAAUAAAGGACAAGACGGAGCACAAUACCAAGGGGAAAAAAACGCCAUCAGAAUUGGUAAUUUUAGAGGAUAAUCUUAUUUUUUUAAAGAUUUUAUAUCAACGUUUACUUGUAAGCAAUAUUAUAGUUAUAUCAUAGAGUAUAAAAUGGCCAUUCUAUACUCUUUGGUUAUAUGUAAACAUUCUGGAUAUUAUCAUAUAUGCUUACGUAUAUGGUAUGUGUAUGUUUAAGAUCUAUAGACAUAUAAUUAAAGCAUCUCAUGAGUUGCCUUUUGGAUACUUGCGUUGUAAAAAUAGUAUAUUAAUUUUAAAGCUAAUAGUGUGUUUAAGAUCUGGAGAGGAAGAGUUGAUUCGUCUCAG